AUGGCUGGCCAGCACCAAAUUUGGGAGCAUAACAUACAAGAUGGAUCUACUAGAGCUUUUAGUGGUAAUGGAUAUGAAAGAAACUUAAAUGGAUCGAGACUAUCUUUGAUUUUCAAGGAACAUCUACUUAAAAUGCUAGCUGGUGGUGAACCAGUUUUCUCUGAGAAUUUGCUUCGGUUUGGAGUCCAUGAUGGUGUAGGGUCUGAUGUACUUCUUCAGAAUCCCUUGGGUGUCUUAUGUGCAAAGGACGGUCAGAUUUAUAUAGCAGACAGUUAUAACCACAAGAUCAAGAAACUGGAUCCAGCUAGUAAAAGAGUUACCACACUGGCAGGGACAGGCAAAGCUGGUUUCAAGGAUGGAAAGGCCCUAUCUGCUCAGCUUUCUGAACCAGCAGGGAUCAUUGAAGCAGAAAAUGGAAGACUUUUUAUUGCUGAUACAAACAACAGUCUGAUCAGAUAUCUAGACCUGAGCAAAGAAAAUGUAGAAAUCCUUUCUUUAGUGCUGAAAGGAGUUCAACCUCCUGCACCAAAAUCCAAAUCUUUGAGACGCUUUAGGAGGCGAUCAUCAGCUGACACACAGACCAUCGUUGUUAAUGGCGGUUCAUCCAGUGAGGGGAACUUAUAUCUCAAAAUAUCAUUACCUAAAGAGUAUCAUUUCUCCAAGGAAGCACGGAGUAAAUUCACUGUCGAUAUAGAGCCUGAAAAUGCUGCAUCUAUUGAUCCCUUGGAUGGAAAGCUUAGUUCAGAGGGAUCUGCAAAAUUUCAAUUCAAAAGAUCCACUUCUUCCGCUUUUACGGGGAUGAUUAAUUGCAAGGUGUAUUAUUGUAAAGAAGAUGAAGUGUGCUUAUACCAAUCACUCUUAUUUGAGGCACCCUUCCAAGAGGAAGAUCCACAGUCUAAGCCUGCAGAUAUCAAACUUGCCUAUGAUGUGAAGCCCAGAGCUUCAACAAACAGCUUGCAGUUAAUAACCCCAUAAGAUUCUUAUAUAAAUAUGUAUGUAUAUACUUUAAAAAAAAUACAUGUGUGUGUAUGUAUGCAUGCAUCCAUGUAAUUGUCCAGUGAAGAAGAUCUUCCCAGUCAUUUAAGUUCCUUCUU